AUGAAAUAUCCAAUGAUUGACGAAUCUGAAUGUGACAAUUUAUCACUAUUCCAUACUGAAUUGAAUUUUUUUAUUGACACCAUAUUACAUUGUGUUUAUGAAAACGCACAGCAAGAUCGUAAUAAAAUAUUUUCAUCAUUCCACCCAAGUGUUUGUCUAAUUUUGGCUUUCAAACAACCAAAUUGUCCAAUCUUCUUCUUAACGGAUGCUCGAUAUACAAAGAUGGCUGAUGCUAGGUGCAAUUCAAUUCACGAGGCUAUCAAAUUUGCUAAAUUCUUUGAUUUGUCAGGAAUUGUUACAUUAAGUGCAACAAUUUUAGAGGCACCUGAGUUGAUCAGGACAAUCAAGAAAACUGGCCUGUUGUUGUUUACAUAUGGAAAGUUGAACAAUAAUGUAGAGAAUGUAAAAUUGCAAAGAAAGGCUGGUGUUGAUGCUGUUAUUGUGCAAAAUGAACAAGAGGAAAAUACUGAAGAAUAA